AUGAUGAGACGAGCUCUUCUCGCCGCGGCCAUGGUCGCCACCAUUCCGUCUGUCUUGGCAUUGCCAAAGUUGACCAGACGUGAUGAGUGUACCAGUACCAAAACACAGCGCAAGCCAUGGUCAAUGUUGACAGAUGACGAAAAAUCCGCUUACAUUGAUGCGGAGCUAUGUCUCAUGUCAGCACCUUCACAAUCCGGUGUCGAAGGUGCGGAGAGCCGCUGGGACGAUCUGCAGCAUAACCAUAUAAUCCAGACACAAGUCGUUCACGAUGUGGGCCAAUUUCUCCCUUGGCAUCGUUAUCAUGUCACCGUCCAUGCCGAGCUGCUCCAGGACGAAUGUGGUUACACUGGCUCAAUCCCCUACUGGGACGAGACAGUUGACGCGGAAUUGAGUGACCUUUCCACGGCUGAUGUCUUUCAGGCCGACGCCUUCGGUGGUGACGGCGAUGGUGACAACAAUUGCAUCACCACGGGACCAUUCGCAAAUCUGACCCUGCAUCUGCGACGUCUCGGUGUCGAUCCGUCCGACUACUGCCUCAGUCGCUCUCUCAAUCUUGCCCAGCUGCAACAGGCAAGCCAGUCGAACCUGGACAAGUGCAUGGCGAUUGACAAUUACACGUCAGCAUGGGAGUGCUGGCAUUCCAGCCCCCAUAACGCCGGUCACGGUGGCACUGGCGGCGUCAUGGUCGAUGUCGUCCUGAAUUUCAGUCAAAGCAAUGUACUCAUCAUGUCUUUAUUUAGCACCUGGCUCGACGCCCAGUGGUGGAGAUGGCAGUCAGCCGAUCUAGACAACCGUCUGACCGACAUGGGAGGCCGCAACGUGCCCGAGGACAGCUAUAUCCAGCAGGGCAACCUCCCCGAGCCCACGGCCGCUUGGACCGACUACUUUGGCGACGACGGCAACGUGACCACGCUCAAUCACGUUCUUUAUGCUUCCGAGAUCCGCCCCAACGUCACCGUCGGCGAUGUCAUGGACGUUGGAGGAUCCACCAUAUGUUCUGAAUAUGUGUACAGCGAUGAGUAA